GCCAGAAUAUUUUCCUGUCCAAUGCGGGAGGCGGCGGUUGUAUUGUAAAGAUCGGAGAUUUCGGCAUCGCGAAAGUGCUGCAGCAUACCAGGGGUUUAGCACAGACCUUGAUCGGCACGCCGAGCAACCUCCCCCCAGAAGUUUGUGACAGCAAGCCGUAUGGCACGAAGGCUGAUAUUUGGUCCCUUGGCGUGGUCUUUUACGAACUUUUGACACUGGAGCCUCCCUUUAAGGCGAUGAGCCUAGCUGCGCUGGCCAUCAAAAUAGUGAACGGUGAGCCCAAGCCCAUCGUCAAUGACUUCUAUGCGGAAGAGGUCCGUGGGCUCGUGCGACCGAUGCUGGAGAAGGAUCCGGCAAGGCGACCCAGCGCUGCGCGGUUGCUUCAAAAGAACCCUCUGCGCCGCGUUGCCCAGAUGCCUUCGCUCCCCAUGCUUAUGGAGCGACCCUCCUCCGGCAGCAUCUCGGAGGUGGAAACGCUGACGCCGGCAUCUGUCGGGCGAGCCUCCUUAGGAGUGCUC